AUGGCGGACCCGGACGCGGCGCUCGCGAACAUGGAGAACCUCAUGCGGCGGUACGAGGAGAUGCGCGCGACGGGGAAGAUCGACGGCGGCGACUCCGACGACGACGGCAGCGACGCGGAGGGCGACGUCCCCGACGAUUUCGACGAGGGCGGCGGGUGGAUCGACGACGGAUCCGACGACGGAUCCGACGACGACGACGACCUCGACGUCGACGACGCGCGAGAGGACCGCGAGCUCACGCCCGAGGAGGCGAAGCGCGAGUUCCUCGUCAGCGAGUGCGUGCGCAUGCUCAGCAGCGGCGCGCGCGAGAAGAAGUUCGUCGGCAUGCUCCUCGCGACCAAGAUCGGCGACGCGGACGCGCGCGCGCUCGAACGCGUCGCGCGCGCGAAAUCCUUCUCGCCGUUCCUCACGUCGAUGCUCCGCGCCGCGCCCGCGCCGGUGACCGCGGAGGACCUCGCCGGGGACGACGACGACGACGCGACGACGACGACGACGAUGAAGCGCGAAACCAUCGAGAGGGAACGCGAGGAGCGCGCGCGGUCGUCGCACGCGCUGUCGCUCGCCGUGUGCGCGGCGCUGUGCCGAUCGCCGCGCGUCGCCGCGAGGGACGACAUGCUCGAGCGGCUGCCGCUGUUCAUAAACGCGAUGAUGCGCCGGGGGAGGUACGCGUCGAUCUCGCCCGCGGGCGUCCACGACGCGUGCGAGGCGGUCACGGCGAUCGUGAGCUCGGGGAAGGAGGACGCGGAGGCGAUCGCUGCGGAGGGGGGGGCGCUCGUCGCGUGUUCGAUCGCGAUUCGCGACGCCGCCGCGGAAACGCGCGGGGACGGGGACGGGGACGGGGAUGGAAACGGGGACGAAAACGGCGGGAAUCCAGACGCCGACGCGCGGUUCCACCCGCUGCUUCCCGCGAUGACGCUCCUCGCGCGGCUGUUAGAGAUCCCCGCGAUCGCCGCCGAGAUCGAGGUCCCCGGCGGCGUCGGCGGCGGCGGCGUCGACGAGAAGAAUCAGUCGCGAUCGCGCGAGGCGCGCGCCGUGGCGCAGGCGACGCCCGCGCUCGCCGCCGUCGUCGCGUCCCGCCCAGGGACGCCGCUCGCGAUCGAGGCGCUGCGAUGCCUCGCGAUGAUUCUUUCCACGCUCCCGGCGCGCGCGGCCGCGGGGCCGUCCGGGGGAGGGUUGCUAUCGUUCGAGCUGAGAAGAGUCGCGAGGAAGUCCGGCGGCGGCGAAAGAGACGGAAACCAAAUGCUCGACGACCUCCGCGGCGGCGUCGCGUGCGUCCUGCGCUCCAAGUCGCCGCGGGAGAUCCGCCUCCUCGCGCUCGACCUGUGCGCGGCGGCGACGUCGAUCGCGGGCCCGCGGUGGCUCUGUCGCGACGACUUAGGCCGCGCGGCGGCGGCCGCGGGACGGCAGCCCCGGACGGUGCCGUUUUACCGGCUGGCGUUGGAACUGACGCGCGUGGAACUCGCGGUGACGCUGCACGACCUGACGCGCGACGAUCUCGAGCUCCGCCAGCGCGCGCGCGCGAUGCUCUCCGUCCCGCUCGUGACGUUCGAGCGCCUCGUCGCCGCGCUCGCGAUCGACGCGAGCGCGGAGGACGAAGAUUUCGGGGGGGGCGGGGGGAAGUCGCUGAUGUCCGCGGAGACGGCGCACGCGGCGGUGACGACGUUGGCGGACGCCGCGGGCGCGUUGAUUGACUUUUUGGAGCUUUAUGCGCAUUCAGGCGCGUUCUCCUUACACUGGUCCCCAUACGACCGCGUUCGCGUGGUGAACGCCGAUCCUUAA